GAGGAUCUAAACAGGUGCAAAAGUUUUCAGACUACACCUUGAGGAUGACCACCAUGCAGAAGUUGCUCCAGCUGCCGGUGAACGCGGUGAACAUGGUGAAGAACGCGCAGGGGGUCGGUCAGGGUGAGGAGGAGGCUCUCAGUCCGGUGAUGACGCCCGACGGCGGCCCGCAGAACUGGUACAACGCCGUCCAGCCCGAAGAGCUCCGACACCUGAAAUUCGGGGGGGCAGGGGGGGAGUGGUCUGAGGAGAGACCUGUACAGGAGGAGGGGCUCACCAGCGUUCAAACGCAACCCUUACGACAUGAUGACCUGAAGGAGAUGCUGGACAGUAAUAAAGACUCCCUGAAGCUGGAGGCCAUGAAACGCAUCGUGGCGAUGAUCGCCCGGGGGAAGAACGCGUCCGAUCUCUUCCCUGCAGUGGUGAAGAACGUGGCCUGUAAGAACAUCGAGGUGAAGAAGCUGGUGUAUGUGUAUCUUGUGCGCUACGCUGAAGAACAGCAGGAUCUCGCUCUGUUGUCCAUUUCCACCUUCCAGAGAGGACUGAAGGACCCCAACCAGCUGAUCCGUGCGAGCGCUUUGCGUGUGCUGUCCAGCAUCCGAGUGACCAUCAUUGUGCCCAUCAUGAUGUUAGCCAUCAAAGAGGCGGCGUCUGACAUGUCUCCAUACGUCCGCAAGACCGCAGCUCAUGCCAUUCCCAAACUACACAGUCUAGACCCAGAACAGAAGGAUCAGCUUAUUGAAGUCAUCGAGAAGCUGCUGGCUGAUAAAACCACACUGGUAGCGGGCAGUGUGGUGAUGGCGUUUGAGGAAGUGUGUCCGGACCGCAUCGAUCUGAUCCAUAAGAACUACCGUAAGCUGUGUAACCUGUUGAUUGACGUGGAGGAGUGGGGUCAGGUGGUCAUCAUCAACAUGCUCACGCGCUACGCCAGGACGCAGUUCCUCAACCCCAACGUCAACGAGUCUCUGUUAGAAGAGAGUGGCGAGAGGGCGUUCUACGCCUCUGAUGAGGAUGAGGAAGAUGAAGAUAAGAAAGCCGAGGCGGCCGCUCUGCCGAAGAGGAAGCCGUACGUGAUGGACCCCGAUCACAGACUCUUACUGAGGAACACCAAACCUCUGCUGCAGAGCCGCAAUGCUGCCGUGGUGAUGGCUGUAGCUCAGCUGUACUUCCAUUUGGCUCCUAAAGCAGAGGUGGGCGUCAUUGCCAAGGCUUUGGUCAGGUUAAUGCGAAGCCACAGUGAAGUGCAGUACGUCGUGCUUCAAAACGUCGCUACGAUGUCCAUCAAGAGACGGGGAAUGUUUGAGCCGUACCUGAAGAGUUUUUAUAUCCGCUCCACAGACCCCACGCAGAUCAAGAUUCUCAAGCUGGAGGUUUUGACUAAUUUGGCUAAUGAGACGAACAUCUCCACUAUCCUGAGAGAAUUUCAGACGUAUAUUAAGAGCAUGGAUAAGGAUUUCGUGGCGGCCAGCAUUCAGGCCAUUGGUCGCUGUGCUACAAACAUUGGUGAGGUCAGAGACACCUGUCUGAACGGCCUCGUACAGCUGCUGUCCAACAGAGACGAGCUGGUUGUGGCUGAAUCAGUUGUGGUGAUCAAAAAGCUUCUACAGAUGCAGCCUGAACAGCACAGCGACAUCAUCAAACACAUGGCCAAACUCAUCGACAACAUCCAGGUGCCGAUGGCCCGGGCGAGCAUCCUGUGGCUGAUCGGGGAGUACUGCGAGCACGUCCCCAAAAUCUCCCCCGACGUCCUGAGAAAGAUGGCCAAAACGUUCACCAACGAGGAGGACAUCGUCAAGCUGCAGAUCAUCAAUUUGGCUGCCAAACUGUAUCUUACUAACUCAAAACAGACUAAACUGUUGACGCAGUAUGUACUGAACCUGGCGAAAUAUGAUCAAAACUAUGACAUCAGAGAUCGUGCCCGCUUCAUCCGCCAACUAAUUGUUCCCACCGAUAAGAGCGGCGCUCUCAGCAAAUACGCAAAGAAGCUUUUCCUUGCGCUCAAGCCCGCCCCCGUCCUGGAGUCUCCAUUUAAAGACAGAGAUCACUUCCAGCUGGGAUCACUGUCUCAUCUGCUGAACGCUAAAGCCGGCGGAUACCAGGAGCUGCCCGACUGGCCCGAAUCUGCGCCUGACCCGUCCGUGCGCAACGUGGAGCAGGAGGAGGUCAUAGACAGCAGUGAGGGCCGAAUCGGUCUCUUGGGAGACUGGAGAGAGAUUCCAGAUUGGAGCAAAUGCACAAGCCGGAAGGAUCGUAAGGAGAAGAAAGUGGAGAAACCUUUCUACUCGGACUCUGACGGAGAAUCUGGCCCGACCGAAUCAGCAGAUAGCGAAUCAGACUCCGGCAGCAGGUCAGAAAGCGCUAGCGCCAGUGAUGAAAGCGCCUCCGGUUCAGAGAGCGAAGAGAGUGGAGAAGAGACCGAGUCUGAGGAGGAAGAGGAAGAUGAGGAGGAGGAAAAGAAAAAAAAGAAAAGGCUGGACAAGACCAAAGCAAAGAAGCCAGUGGAGGAGAGCGCAGAGAGUGAGCAGAGCAGCGGCACCGAGGACCGGAAACGAGGCAGGAAAGCAGUGAAGAAUCAGAAGAGCGCUUCAGAGUCAGAGAGCGAAUCAGAGAGCAGCGAAUCAGAGGAGGAGGAGUCGGAGGAGUCGGGGGAGGAGUCUGAAUCUGACACCGACAUCAGGAAGAAGAAGACGCCCGUAUCAAAACAACCUCCCAAACAAUCCAAAAAAGAGAGCAAGAAGGAGACGCAAGAAAUGUCUUUGUUGGAUCUGGAUGACUUUGAACCUACCACAGCAACAGCUCCGGUGACUCCAGUUAACUUCAUGUCGAGUAGUCUGGUUUCUGAUCUAGAGGGUUUGUCACUGACCGACUCUAUUCUGGCACCUACAACCAUUGCACCUUCUGGUUCGAUAAAGAUGUAUGAGCUCCUGCAUCGUAUAAAGGGCGAGGGUCUUGCGGUUGAGUACUGCUUCAGCCGGCAGCCCUUCAGUCCAGACCCCAACAUGGUGGCCGUCCAGAUCCAAUUCACCAACAACACCAACUCAGAGACCAAAAACCUGCACAUCGAGGAGCCCAAGCUGCAGUCCGGGAUGAGGAUCCGAGAGUUCUCCGAGAUAGAGGUGUUAGCAGCAGGUGAUUCGGUUACUGUGGUGAUGGGCAUAGAUUUUUGUGAUUCUACGCAAGCAGCAAACUUCCAGCUGUGUACUCACACCCGCAAAUUCUUCGUUACGAUCCAGCCGCCCGUCGGGGAGCUCAUGACACCGGCGUUUCUGACAGAAAACGACUUUAGGAAGGAGCAAGGUAAACUGAUGGGAAUGAAUGAAAUCUCAGAGAAGUUGUCGCUAGGAGAGAAAUGUGUGAACGAGCACAUCAUCGUUGAGAGAGUCACGGCCACCGCCAACUUGAGCAGGGUACCCUGCGGUUCUGAUAAAGAGUGCAGUACUCCUCCUCCUCCUCCUUCCGCUCCUGUUUACAGAUUCGCAGGUAAAACGGUCAGCAGCGGCUGUCUCGUGCUGGUCACCGUCGCUACGAAGGAAGGGGUCGGAGCUCAGCUGACGGUCAACUGUGAGAAGAUGGUGAUCGGCACGAUGCUGGUUAAAGAUAUCCUGCAGGCCCUGUCGCAGUGAUGGCGCCCCCUACAGUCAACACCCUCCUACUGCUGCUUACCGCAUUGAGUCGCAUCGCUGUGUAGAUAUUUCCCCCGCGUGGACUGGCUUGUAGCAUCAAAAAUAUACUGAUGUCAGAACCGCGACAACAACAACAUUCAGGGCCUCGUAAUCAGGAUGUUCCUCUUAUGUUCCUCUGUUGAAUGUUGCAUGGCAUCAAAGACAGUCAGUGCACCAUAAACCUGCCGAAUUACUGCACAAACCUGUGUCAGUUUUAGUUUAGGGUCUCUUUAGGAUUUACAGUACAUGCUCAAAACAAGUAUUUGGACACUACCUUGUAAUCAACAGCAACCAGUUAAUAACAAUCCAUCUGCUCAACGAAAGAGACUAAUAAUCAUCUGAGUUAUUAAUUUGCUUUCAGAUCAAUCGUUGCCUUUGUGAUCUUCCUAAAAUUAACGGAAGCUCAGUGGGGUUUAUUUUUUAGCGUUUAGCUUACACAUAUUCUGAAUGUAACAUCUUGCAUCUGAUCCCAGACCACAUCCCAAUGACGACAGUAGAUUUGUUUCCAGAAACCACAUCAAACUGGUUUUUGAGCUUUGUUGAACUCUCUG